CAACAUUUCUAGAGAGGAUAGAAUAUUUGGUUUAGAAAUGUCCAUAAAUUUUCAGUGGUCCAUACCUGACCGACCUACGUGAAAUGCUGUUUUAAUUGCGCCAUGAAACUGAAAAACAUUCACAUUUGUCUGUGUUGUUUUUCACUGGAAGCUGGACUGACAGGUCCCACUAGAUAUUGGCCAUCUCUGUAUCCAUGCCCAUGUUUUUUACAUACAGGAUGUAACAGGACCCACCACACCCACCUGUUCUACUUCUCACAAUGCACACUUUCUUGUCUGAUCCACGGCAUGAGCAGCCAGUAGCACUCAACCGCCGGUCUCUGUAAAUAAGUUGUCAUCAGCUCCAUGCCAAAGCAUGUCGAGUUCAAGUGUAGCAGUGUGUGUUCAUGGUGGUGUUUCAAUAUGUAAGGACUGUUUUCAGUUGAACAGUUCACCGAGGGUGUAGUUGGAACAUGAAGCACAGGCAGAUUGUUUCCUCUUUGCCAUAUUAUUUGAAGAGGUCACUAUUGUUUUGGUGUCUUUCACAAGACUGGCUGGUCAGCUUGUGUUUUAGAAAGGAAGAAAGAAAGAAGAAAGGAGGGUGGAGUCAGGAAACACCUUGAGGUCAGGAAACCGAAACAAAAACUCAGACACUGAAGCGAUACAAUAAUGAUUCCCUCUGACCUUUGACCACUAUGUGACUAUAUUCAAUUUUCGGUGCCUGGAAUCCCUCGUGAAUCCAGUUCGAACACUGUCGCUGCUCUAAAUGAACUACAAAGCAGUGACAUCUCGUGUCCAUCUUGGGUGCUACAACUAAACUAUUUGUAUUUGCUGCCACAUCUGAAGUGAGAAAACGUGUUGAGCUCCUCUAAACAGUUUUAUGAUCGUGCUAUGAGACAAGCAUUGACAAGUAUUUGUGUAGUUUGAUGAGAAUUGAGAAUGACCAUUUCAGAAGCCCCAACUUGAUCUAUUCUGGAUCAGUCGUGGCUGACAGCAAAGGCUCGCCUGUCCUCAUGUUUAUGAACGCAAGUUCCGUUAGCCUGGUCCGACAACCAGGAGGCCCUGUUCUGCGCAUGCGCGAAACGAGUACUUUCCUUUUCUCAUACGUCAUGAAGGUUGGUGCCGCUGUCUGCGGACGUUCUGAUACUAAUAUGAUUUUGCUUUUCCUGCCUUAAUGAUCUCUUUAAAAACAUGUUCGUUUAGCGCGUCGAAAAUGAGGCUAGAGCGCGGCAGUAUGUCAGUUUUGCUCAUGGGCGUCCUGGUCACUACGGUAAUAGGGAAACCGUUGGAGGACCAGUCAUUCGUUCAUGUACUUUCUGGCCACACUCUCAUCCUUCCCUGCAACAGGGACGUGUCUGACACCUACUCAGGAUACAUGACUGUGGAGUGGAUGUGGAAGCUCAAUGACUUAGAGCUAGUGGUCUUAACUGUGCGUAAUGGGGAGGAGCUGGUGAGGGACAAGGACUCAAAAUAUGCCAAUAGAUCAAGUGCCCUGGAAGAUGGCAAGUUGAAGCUUAUUGGAGUAACUCGGCAAGAUGCUGGCCAUUACAGGUGCAUCAGACGUUCUGAAUCUGCACGGAAAGAGCUGCUUGUUCACGUCACUAUUUGUGAAAGCUCCGCAGUUGACAUGGGUGUCCUACGUUCUGCUGAGAAUGAUCUAUUUGUCAUCUGUGUAUCCACCGGCUGGAUCCCAAAGACUCGGAUUUCCUUGCUGAACCGCCAUGGUGGAGUCCUCACCGACAAGAUGGAGGAAGGAAUCGGACCUGACGGCUGCCAAUCUGUCAGCGUGUCACUGAAUCUUACAACUCAAGAAAGUUUCAGAAACGGAACCAUCAUCUGCAGCGUGGCCAGUCCAGGAUCAACAUUAGUGAAAACAAACAAGAUGGCGUUCACAGACAAGUUUAAGCUUGACAAAUUGCAAACAUCUGGCUCUGACCUCUUCAUGAAAGUCAUGAAGGUUUGUGCCAUAGUCGUCGCCCUGGCUUUGUUCAUCGUGUGGGUGCUCCGGAGGAUUCCAUUUGAUUACCAACUGGGCUUCAGUGCUCUGAUGAUUCGAAUGGGACUUCUUGAAGACGCAGCUGAUGAAGAACGUGAGAGACUUCUGGCUGGCUAUGAGGACAUCCACGACAUCCCCACUACUGGAGCCUCACUGGAGACAGCCAUGUUGAAAGGCCUGUGCACCAGAGAACAACCGUGGUCAGGAGUUCCAGUUUCUGAGAGGCUGGCCGAGCUGGACCUCCAAGAGAUGGAGCAGUUCAAAGAAGACAUCUUGGACGUUGGAAAAGAUCUCAAGGUAGCGCCAUGUCUAAUCGCUGGAAUCAUCUCUAGACAGUCUAAUGCUGGAACCCAACUUCGUGCCAACGGGUUCGGGUUAGGUGAUGAGAACUGCUACGGACUGAUGCAGGUCAACCGCUACUACCAGGCAGUGUCCGGUGAACCACGCAGCAGGGACCACAUCAGGCAGGGAGUCACCUUCUUCAUUCAGCUCCUCAAGACUAUGUGGCGAGUGCGUCCAAAGUGGAACAGAGAGCAGUGGCUCAAAGGUGCCUUAGCCAGCUACAUCAUAGGUGAGGACAAAGUCCUCAGUUUAAAACCCUCUGAAAACGUGGACAGAGACACUCCCUGUGGGGACUUUGCCAAUGAUGUGAUCGCCAGAGCGCACUUCUAUGCCAGAAAUGGUUUUCUGAACACCCGGCACCUUCCCAUUUAAGUGAAACCAAAGCGUGUUGCACUUCACUCCAGUCUGCGUAGAUUUGCCAUGCAGCUGGAGUGACGAAGGAUACACAGAAGUGGAGGUCGGUCCAAGCACAUCGACUGUGUUACAGUCAAGGUCCAUCUCCAGGACAUGUCCUCCGGUGACUCCUGUGUAUCUGUGUCAGCAGUAGAUAUUAAACUCAAGAGGCUUGAACAAUACAAUACAAGUGUUGUGCGUGGAAUGGUUCUGUUGAAAUGUUUUUACCGGCUAGUUUUAGACAUAGCUCUACCAAUAUGUGUGAUCUUGAAAUGUUUUUUCUUCCUUCUUGAGUGAGAACCUGCAAAUGUGAUUGUUGUUGUUGAAAAUGUAGCGGUUUACUUCCCUGAUGAUGAUGAUUUUGCACUUUUUGUUUUUCUGUUACGCUGAAGUGAACAUUAGCCUAUGAAUAACCGUUAAGCUCCUGAUAAUACCAAAAUGUCUUCACUCUGUUACCAACUGAAACUCCAAGCCAAAUGUUCUUGUGCUGAGAUUCUGUUGGACGAGUCUUUAUUCCGUUAAAUCUACAUUUAAUUUGUUGUAUUUGUUAUGAUGUCAAUGGCAGACACUAUUGUGAUGUUUUAUCCAAAGCAAAAUUCAUUAUAUUUAAAUGAUAAAUAUCAGGUGAAGUGUCAUUUUUAUUUCCAUAAUUUCAUGCCAUCGAUUUGAAGAGAUAUGGCUGGUUCAAAUAAAUGCACUUUUAACUCCCAAA